CUUCGAAAGGGUUGAGUUUCUUCGACGAGGGAGAAGAUAGAAGGCCCUGAGGCGGAGAAGGCGCGGUCAAGCUUCUCUGCCCAAUAAAGGCCUUCCCUUAUAUUUGUUCUGAGGCGUUGCUAGGGCAAACACGUCACAAUCCCUCCCGUGAUCAUGAUUGGCCAGUCAGGAGGGUCACGUGGGUGGCGCAUUCUGCUCCGUUCCGCCGUAAAGGACGCGCCGUAGAACGCUAAACAUACGCAGUUCCCCAGGUCUCUCCUGAUAGGGGAUGUUUCCAGACUAUUCGCCAUUUUGGUUGCCCCCAUUUGGAUACGUUCUAGCUUCUCAACAUCCUUUUUGAAUUGUGCCCAGCACUGGACACAGUAUUCCAGGUUCUUUGAAGACAAGUGACUGUAUCUGCUUUAAGCCUAUGGCUGUUUGUUUAGAUUGGACAUUAAACAAUGGUGUAUCGUAAAAAGAACAAAUUCUACAACUAGAUUUCAUCAGUGUUCAUGUUCAAGUUUAUUUGAAUAAAAGAAGCAAUUAUGCAGCGGAGACACAAAGGACUAAAUGCUGGACUGCUUUUGUUAUUUUCUCAAAUAUAUCAAGUUGGGCUUAACAACAUUCCACCUGUCACACUUGCAACUUUGGCAGUGAACAUUUUUCUCUUUUUACAACCACUGAAACCACUGAUGCAAACAUGUAUCAGUGUCACUGAGUGUUUUUACAGGAGAGACUGGCAUCGUUUGUACCUUUCAGCAUUUCACCAUGCAGAUGACUGGCAUCUAUAUUUUAAUAUGGUCUCCCUACUUUGGAAGGGAAUCAAGUUGGAGAAGAGGCUUGGAAGUGUGUGGUUUGGUUAUAUAAUCCUAUUAUUUUCAGUGCUAGUUGGAGUUGUAUACAUGAUUUUGGAAUUUACAAUUGCAGAACUUCUGAGUGAUCCUUCAUAUGAACAAAGCUGUGCUGUUGGUUUUUCAGGAGUGUUAUUUGCUUUGAAAGUUCUUAACAACUACUAUCACCCAGGUGGGUCCAGCAACAUCAUGGGAAUGAAUGUAUCCAAUAAAUAUGCUUGUUGGCUGGAACUUAUAGCCAUUCAUUUAUUGAGCCCAGGGAGUUCUUUUGCAGGUCAUCUGGCAGGUAUUCUUGUUGGACUGAUGUACACCAUGGGACCUCUGGAGACUAUUAUGAAAACAUGUGCAGGUGGCCUUACAUUCCCAGCUGCCUUUUCACAACAAAGAAACAGCUAUAAUCCAGAGGAAAAUAGAUAUUCAGGUUAUACAUCAUAUGCACCAAGAGAUUAUAACAUGUAUACUGGUGGCCUGAAUGAGACAGAACAGUUUGAAUGGGCAAUAAGAAACAGUCUGAAUGACAGAGGUAGUGGCACGAGACAUUACAAUGGUGAGAGGAGACCCUACGGCUUCUGGUUUCCACCUGAACAACCAUCUAGUGAAGAACUUAGAAGGCGAAGACUUAAUCGAUUUGAGAGGUGGUAAAAUUCUCAUAUCUCAUCUCAAGCAUAUAAAAGGGCUCUUCAGAGCUGUCAAAACACUGGCAUAUCUUUUUUUGUUUAAGGAGUCUCUUUUCAGAAAAGAAUGUUUCCUGUAAACUGUCUAUAAGGUUGUGCAGAAAAGGUGCUCCUGCUGGACAGAUGGACUUUGAAAGUUAAGACUGAAGAAGUUUCCUGCAAACUAGUAUUCAUUUUAAAGGCUUCAUCUACCAUGACAGUUUGACAUGUUCUUGUACAUUUCCUAUAUAUUUCAGUAGGAAAUGUUUCCAAAAUGUCGGGUGCAUUCGAUUAUUCAACAUUUAUACUUUGAUAGACCUUAAAAUAGAUUGCAAUCAUGUAGUUGAAAUACGACAUUCAUUAAUCCUUUCCUUAUCUUAGGAUCUUAAAUAUAGAUGCAAAAUACAGCAAUUUGCUAUGCAGCAGCAUUCCUAUUACAUACAAAUUAAAGCAAAACAAUUAUAAAAGUUCA